CGCAUUCAUUCGUAAACAAACAAACAUCUUUCGUUAUUUUGUUUUGUGCCUAUUUUUCAUUUGGAUCUUUUCUCUUGACUCCCUCAAUUAUAUCGUUUGGAACGCUUUUAAAUUUGUUCGGUCAAAAACAAAGAUCGAUUUAAUUUCUAUUGGAACUGAUAUUUGAAUUUAGAAAACUAUGAACCGUAAUCCAUAUCCAGACUUUGUGGCACCGCCAUCAUGUUCGUAUUCAAAUCAAAGAUAUUUUGAUGGCAAUCGCAGCGAACGCGCUACAAGUGUUUGUUCCUCAUCGUUAGAGGUGAUGGACGAAGGCUAUUUAAACAAUUGGAUCUUAAAAUCGGAACUCCUGGAAAAGAAUAAAUGCGAAGAAUUUCAAGAAAUUUUCGAAUUACGUCGUCGCUUGCCAGUUAUCCAGCAUUGCCGGGAGAUUUUAAAAGCCAUACGACGCCAUCAAGUCGUGCUGUUAGUUGGCGGGCAAUCGUGCGGUAAAACCACCCAAAUACCCCAAAUGGUUUUGGAUGAUUUUAUUUUCAAUAAUUGUGGCAGUGAAUGUCGAAUUGCUUGUGUUCAAACGGAUAGGCCAAAUGCCUCAUCAGCGGCAGAGCAUGUAGCCUACGAACGGCUGGAAUCAUUGGGAAAUUCAAUUGGUUUACAAGUUGCUGGUGAAAUCAACAUGCCACGGGAAACAGGUUACAUUUUAUACUGUACUGCACAAAUCUUAAUUGGAAGAUUCAAAAACGAUCCGUUAUUGAAAACUUUCACAUGCGUUAUAUUGGACGAUAUACAAGAUCAGUGUCCGGAGUAUAAUCAAUUAAUGGAUAAUUUGAGAAAUAUUUUACCCUUUCGGCCGGACUUGAAAAUCAUUCUAAUGAGUAACACAGCUUCAGAAGACACAUUUUGUGAUUAUUUUCAGGAGUAUCAUGUCUUCUUUGUACAUGCAAUGCCACAGUCGUCGAUGUCCAAAGCAUCAAGUUUAUCAACAAUAUACGACGAUGCCAUUCAACAAAAUAUUAACAAUGAUGAUGCUAUAACAAUUUCUGAUAGCGCAUCGUCUGUUGUAACAAAUGUAGUACGCGUUCAGCAGGAUAACUAUAGGAAAUCCAUAGCAAUUCUAAGUAAAUAUGAUGGCAAAGAUAUUAGUCAAUUAUCGAAAAGGGAAAAGAAACUAAUAAACAAACAUAGAAAAAGAGUGGAAUUGUUUGAAAAAGUGCAUCCCAGUGCUCGAGCAGAGAUAAUAACAGACUAUGGAUCUCCCACCACAAGUGCAUCGUUUGCCGCAAAAAUUAAACACAGAAGACUCAGCAGUAUUUGUCCCAGUUCAGAGUUACAGGUUGCAAUAGUUGAUAGAUCUAAUCCUCAGGGGAGAAUCAGCGAUGAAAAAUGGUAUAAUCUCGAGGAAAUGUUAAUAAGAGAAAUGACCUCCAAUAAAUGGACUGAACGGGGUAUAUCAUUUGAGGGUGCAAACUGGUCUAGAGGAAUAAAAAUUAUUAAAUGCGGCAACAGUCAAUCGCUAGAAUUCUUAAAAACUAACAUUGCAAAUGUCUGUCAAAAUUGGCCCUAUAACCAUUUAGAAAUUAUACCUUAUUCCAACUUGCCACCGCGCAUUUUUGCCAGAAUGUGGAUUCCACCACCGGUGCCACCAACGUCUGCCAUUCUCACGUUAAUUGAAAAACAAAACAAAGGCAUUGAAACCUCAAAUUGGAAAAUCCUCAGUUGUAAACCAUCGAGAAAGAAUCUCGGCACUGACUAUCGUAUGUUUAUCGAUGCCAACUCAUCGAAAAAAUUACAAGAGAGCCAAGGUCGCAUAAAAUAUGGUCUAAACUUUAUUAGGAUUAUAGUAGCAAAUAAGCUUUAAGCAUUACAUAAAAUAAUAGAAAAAAAUUAUUUAAGGUAGCAAAUGAUGAUCUCAAACAGCUUCCUUUUAAUGAAAACAACACCAAUGCCCACUGUCAAAUGAAAGAAAAAUAUCCAAAGAGAAGCGGGCCUUCAAUCAUUACUAUCACAUUUACAGUAUUUAAUGAAUAACAUUUCAGUUUAUUUUUUUUAUGAAUAUUCAUAUCGAAAAUUCAUUUACAAAUCCCAUGCGUACAUACUUAUGUAAAUAAAUACAUUGAACUUAUUUCACUAAA